AUGCUUCGCUAUUGGGAGGAGCAUCAGGGUGCUUUAAAUAGACAGUCCCGCCAACCAGCCCGCCAAACUUUUAUCCAACAAACGAAGUCAUCACUUGAGCGAUUAGCUGAAAUGCAGCAGCAAAUGCAUGAGCGGAUGUUGGAGGCUCGUAUGUAUGAUCAAAUGGAUGCCCUGGAGGAAAAACAGGAGCGCAGGGAGGAGAGAAAUGAGCGAAGGCGUAUGGAGCAAGAACGACGUGAGCAUGAGCUGGCACAUGCACGCUUGAUGUACAUGCCUCCCCACUAUGCAGCCAUGCCAUACAGCCAUGGCCAGUCUCCCCGGCCAAUGAUGCCUAUUUCAGGCCAAUAUCCUGCAGCGCAAUAUCCUCGCGCUCCAAUUACUCCUCAGGCGGCCUCUCGGGCAUCCCAAAAACGCCGUUCUAGCCCAAUUGAUGAGACAACAGAUGAGUAUGAGCUGCUUGAGUCUUUUUUCUAUUGGAAGAAUGUCAACACGCCAAAUCCACGCCAAAAAGAGAAGUGGAAUCAAGUGAAGGAGAUUGUAUUUCAAAAUGAUUGGACGAUACAGGAUUUAAAGGACAUGGAGGAUGACGCCAGCCCCAUGUAUCAGCGUGCUAUAAAGGCAGGCAUCUCAGAUGGCUUCACUCGCCUUAUUCAGCGGGAGCUGCAGGCAUUCAAACGUGAUGUUCGGCGUCAGAAAGAAGCUCAUGAGGAAGAGCUUCAAGCUAUUGCCACUUUGGGUCAGCUAGGCCAUCAAACAGACAUUGAAGGAUCGGAAUUUAUGCGAUAUACCUGA